CCUCCUCAACGCCCGUUACUUUUGCUGAGCCUCGCCCACAACACCAGGAGAACCAGCGGGCGCGCCCAGUCGACACAAGAUGGGAGACAAUCUCGAGGAGCGAUUGAAGAGCCACGCGCGGGCCUUUGAGGGCCUCAUGUCCUUGAUCCCCGCAAAGGAAUACUAUGGCAAGGACGAGAGUAUCACCAGUACGCAAUGGCAAAAGAGAGGCAAAAAGCAGACGCUCGAAGAACGACAGGCCGCCAAGCGUGCAAAGCUGGAUCCCGCCUCCCACAAGAGCGCCAAAGACGUCAUGGAUGAGAACGCGCUGAAGCGGAAACGUGAGUUGGAGGGCGAGGCCGACACUGAGGUGUCCGAGGCCGAGUCGUCCGAUCUCGACAUGGACAUUGUAAAAGAGAAGCCCCUCGAGGGAAUCAAGAGCAAGGCAAAGAAGCAGAAGACGCAGCCUACUGAGCCCGAGGCCGACGAGGACGACGAGGCCACUGAAACACGAGCUCUGUCGAAAUCCGAGGCCAAAGCGGCGGCCAAAGCAGAGAAACGGAGAGAGAAGAGGAAGGAAAAGCAAGAGAAGAACAAACAAAAGCUAGAAGCCAAAAAGGCACAGCAGACUUCGUUCCAGGGCCUCACCGCCGCCGAAGAAUCCAACAAGGACGAAGAUGCGGACGAUGCCGAAGAGGACGACGAUGCUGCCGAUGAGCUCGAACACCCAGACGACCACAUCGAAGCUCUAGACGUCAGCGGUCUCGUCGAAGAGGGUCAGUCCACCGCUCCCUCCACUACUGCCAAUUCCAAUUCCUCUACAGCUUCCGUCGCGUCGGCUACUUCAUCAGCCUCGUCGAUACCUCAAUCCACUCAAGAGACGUCGGAGAAGAAAGCCAAGAAGCCCUACACAAUCGACCCGCAAACCCAUGAGAACUUCAGAGCUCGGUUAAAUGCAAAGCUGGAAGCCAUGCGCGCGGCGCGCAAGGCUGACGGUCCAGACGGACGGCCUGCCCGGAAUCGGGCAGAACUAAUUGAAUCGCGGCGAAAGAAGGAAGCUGAGCGCAAGGCUGCCAAGAAGGCCCUUCGUCAGGAAGCGAAGGAUGAUGAGGCCCGCCGGCAAGCAGAAGAGCAACUGGCGCGCAUAAGAGGCGGCUCAGGCUCCCCGUCCGUCUUCCCAGCCCGGUCACCAGAAACGGAACGCAAUUUCAACUUUGGCAACGUAGCAUGGGAUGGACAACAUCUUGAAUCAAACCUCUCUGGGUUCUUGCAGUCAAGGAAGAAGAAGGGCAAGUCGGACGCCAAGACAGCACUUGAGGCCGCGCAGAAGAAGCAAGCCCGCAUCAAUGCUCUUGAUGAGGAGAAGCGUAAGGAUAUCCAAGAGAAGGAGAUGUGGCUCGCCGCCAAGAAGAGGGCGCAGGGCGAAAAGGUAUUUGACGAUGUUGGUCUUCUGAAGAAGAGUCUCAAGCGUCAGCAAAAACAAAAGGACAAGAGUAAGCAGGAGUGGAAAGAAAGGAUCACCAACGUCGAGCAAAGCAAGGCGGCGAAGCAAAAGAAGCGUGAAGAAAACAUCAAAAAGCGGAAGGAAGAAAAGGGCCAGAAGGGUAAAAAGAAGGUGAAGAAGCCUGGCAAAAAGGUCAAGCGGCCAGGCUUUGAGGGCACUUUCAAAGCGAGAUAGGCGUGUGUAUGUACGAUCGAUGGUCACAGGUGGAGGUGUCCAAAU